CGUAUUAAAAGCUAAUGUAACACAACGUGACCUUAAAUACACAUUUGAUGACGCGUAGAGACGUAAGCCUAUAAAACGCUCUGGACUUGGCCCGUAACGUCGUAGUCGAUCUAUCGCGCGACGUGAGAAGUUGACUGCACGAGAAAUAAUAAAGAGGGGAAAGAGAGUCUGCACCAUAUCAGGGGAAACCAUGCAUCUCAGCAAUGUUUUAACAUUGCUUCUCCUCACACUGUACGGGUCUCAGAGCAAAGUUCAACGGGUCGCGUCAGUCGAGUGUAAUGAUGAGGACUCGAUUGAAGACAGCAUCCAUAACUAUAUCCUGCCAGAUUUAUGGGGGAUCCAGAAUGUCAGCCUGUCUGACUACAGAGGCAAGCAAGAACCAGGAGCCAAUGGAACUGAAAUCUUCAGUGGAAUUCAAUAUGUUCGACCAGGGAACGGAUUUGUUCCCAACUUCAUGUUGUUCAAGAAGAUAGAAGUCAAUGGUGACACAGAGGAGCCUCUGUACACUUUCCUAAAGAAACAUUGUCCCUCUACAAGGGACGGAUUUGCAAGCAAAGAGAACCUCUUCUACUCUCCAUUCAAAGUGAAUGACGUCCGUUGGAACUUCGAGAAGUUUCUUGUGUCUCGGAAUGGCAAACCAGUGAAACGUUAUGAUGCCAGUACGCAUCCAAAUGACAUAGAAGCUGAUAUAGUGAAGAUGCUGAUUCAAAGCACUGAACACAUCACACAAGAACAACAAUAAGAUUGGCACAUUUUUUUGAAUAUACACUGCACAAAUUUUAUACAGACUGGUGUGAAACUGGAUUACAAUCUGAAAGACUCUAUUUAACACAUAUAAAUAUGAUUUUAUCAUGUAAGACUUGAUACAGCAUAUGUAUACUUUGCAGAGACAGCUUUUAAAUAUCACAUAAUUAGUCUGCCUCUUCUAUAUGUCCACAAGUCAGGCUCUCUAUAAGGGCAAAGGACUUUAUAUCUUUACUUACAUAUAUCUCAUACUUCAGCACAACUGAGAUGAAAGAGACCUUAGUAUUUGGGUGCAGACUAAUGCAAACCUUCUUGUUUAUGAUGGUUCAACUAUAAACCAAAAUUGUUGGUGGGUUGAACCUGAUAAGGCUCAUGCCCCAGGAAUUCAGUGCAUUCAUCUUGUGGCAUGCAGACUAUGAAGGGGCUUGUAUUAUCUGUAAUUAAGUACUGGAGACAUAUGGCAGAAAGGCAUGAGAUCUGUUCAGACAACAUUAUUAUCGCUAAUGUUAAUGCAAAUAAAAGCUAUCAUCAACGAAU